GCAACAAAUUAACUUCAAUUGUGCGUAGAGGGCGUAGUGCAUUUCAGUCAAUGCUAUUUCUGCAAUUUUGUAUUUAUUAACUUUAUUAAUAUAAUUAUAGUGCCAAUGUCUUUGGCAUCAAAAACUGUUUUUACUUUAAGUUGUGUUGCAACAGUUUCAACAAUUGCUUAUGUGCAUUAUAAACAACAAUUCGAUCAGGAGCAACUUCGCUUGGGUGUAAUUCGAGAUAAAGAAAACCAAGAUCGUAGAAAACGUGAAAAUCUUCAUAUACUGAAUAAACAACAAGCUCUUGCUGAAGAAUUACGAAGAUCUGAAGCAGAAAAGGAUAAAUUAACUAAUUUAGCACUCUAAAGU